CGGUCACUCUGCAUAACUUGGAUUUGUGAAAUUAUUGUUGUCCUUUUGUGUUUGUUUUGAAAUUAUGUUUGUUCUGACGAAUGAUGAGGAAAAGUUCGUUUUGUUGCCCGCUAAAAAGGUUUACACCGUCGGUCGCCUGGCCACCGAUUUGAUAGUUGCCCAGGAUCUGAGUAUAAGUCGCAAUCAUGUGAAAAUUCACUUGCCGGACGAUUUGCAGGAUGACUGCCUGCAAAUAGAGGACCUUGGUUCCCGAUAUGGCACCUUCACUUUCCCCAAAAACUCGCAGAAGCCCCGGAAAGUCGCGGCCAAAGUAAUGACGCCGGUGGCUGUUGGAACGCGGGUGCGAUUUGGAGCAAACUCGAGCAUUUGGCAGGUGAACCGCCUGAACUUGGUCACCACUGUCUCCGCCUUGACGCGUCCCGAGAUCCAGGAGCUUGCAGAGAUCGUCCAACCCAUGGGCGGCACUGUGAGCCCAAACUGGACCGAUAAUUGCUCCCAUCUCACCAUGAACGAAGCCUCGGUGACGGUAAAGCUACUGCACGCUAUGCUCGAAAACAAACCCAUUGUGACCUUCGGCUAUUGGAGGAAGUUGCUCCAGGCGGCCCAGAGCAUCCAUGUCAAGGAGGGAUGGCCCCAGCCAGAGGAUUACCAGCCCACCAACAUGGAUGUCACCUGGCGACCCGAAAGAACUCGUCUCUUUGCCGGCAAAACGUUUGUCUUUAUGAAUCGAAAACACUUUGAAAUGUACGGAUCUGUGGUGCAAAAAGCUGGCGCAGCCUGCAAGGACAUCAAUUCGGGGGUGCGCAAAACAUUCCUAACAAAAAGCGAUGUGAUAGUCAUACAGUAUGUGCCUUCAACUCAGUCUCAGGCCACCGAAUCGAUCAAUAGUAUACAAGAUAUCUUGGAGCAGGGUGGACGACGCAUUAUCCAGGAGUACGAGAUUGGCAUGGCCUUGAUACAUUGCUCCACCAAAGAGUUCUGCAACCCAGCGCACAAGAUCGUCAUAGGCGAUUCACUGCCCUCCACGGAGUCGGUAACUUCCUCGAUGGCCUUCAACUCCUCGAUCAUUGUGCCCAACACGGAACGCAGUGCUCCCCAAUCCAGUGGCUCAGCUAUUUCGGAACUGGUGGUGCCCGAGUCGGAUGAACCUCUAGCGUCUGCAAAUUCCUUACGCAAGCGAAGUCAUGCCAUUACAGUCGACUCCUCGGAUGAGGAGAAGGAAGCAACUGCAUCGAAGCGAGCCAAAUCAGUGCUUUCUGAAAAGCUAAACAUAAAAGCGAAGAAUGACAUAUUGCAGGACUCGUCGGAGGACGAGGAACCUGUAAAGCCACCAGCUAAUCCUCCAUCCAAGCGAACCAGACCCGCGAUCGCCGAGGAACUAAACAGUAAAGCCAAAAAUGACAUACUGCUGGACUCGUCUGAUGACGAGGAAACUGCAAAGACUGCUCCAAAACAACAGAUGACCAGACGGAGCAAGGCUGUCUGUGAAGAGAAAUCUCUACCUCCACCAAAUAAAAACUUGCCUGCGAGGGGCAAACGAGUCUAUUGUGUGGACUCUUCGGAUGAGGAGAACGAAAAUUCUCAGGAGCCAAAAAAGAAGACAGAAUCCUUAGGUGUCACCAGGAUUUCACCUCGUCUCAAUGCAAAAGCAGUGGCUACGAAUAUUACAAACCAACCACCAAAGCGACCUGUUUUAUCUGUAGCUUUAGAUGACGACGACGAUGAUGAGGGACUCUUUCAAUUCCGGAAAACUCCCCAGAAGGCAGCGGAUACUGCUGCUAAGCCAAAGUCAACGGCCAGAAUCAGUGUGAUCAACUUUCUGGAGAAAUCACAGGCACCGCCCACAUCAAUACCUUCCGAAUUAAAUUCCCAAUCGCAGACGCACCCCCGCAAACGUUUGCGCCUGGAACUGCUAAACGAAAGCGAUAGCGAUGAUUGCGAAAAUCUCUUUAACUUUGCGGACAGCAAAAAGAAAAAGAAGAAGCAGCAGCAGGAGGAUAAAAACAAUGAGGACUCCACCGAUGGCUUGUUUAACUUCAACUCCGAAAGGCCAAGCGAUGCUAUUGACCAGGAUUCCGUGCUGACCGAACCGUUUCUGCCCGAAGUGGGUCAAAAGAAUAAAUCCAAAUAUGUAGUAGUGCAGCGAAAGGAGCGAAAGAAAGUUGACAUCAGUGGCUGGUUGUCGUGUAGCAGGCUACACGAUGAUAUCAAAUCCGAGGCUGAUGCGGAAGUUAAGCUGGAAGCCUCUAUUAAGGCAGAUCCCGACGAAGAGAAGUGGCUGGCCGCCAUGAAGGACAGCAUACAGGUGCGCAUGUGCAACCUAACUAUAGUGAAUCGUUCCCAAGCGGAUGAAGUAGAUGCUUCUCUUGGGGAUUCUGUGAGCAAGUACAGCGGGCGUAAGAACUUUAAGAAGUUUGUCAAGACAAAGAAUCCUCAUCCACAAAGAAGAAUUGUGGCUCUUAAAAGUCUGCAGCUGGCUGAUGGCAUGGUAACCUGUGUAUAA